AUGGAGUCAAUACAAAAUGCAUUUGAAAAUGUACAAGAAAGGAGAAGCGCUUUAGGGAGGCAAUACCAGUUCUGGGUGGAUCGCACGAUUCCAUUUACAAACCAAAGAUGGAUGUCUUUCGCUGGACUUUUAGCAUUGUUCGUUAUCCGUAUUCUGAUAGUUCGUGGUUGGUAUAUCGUCUGCUAUACACUGGGUAUAUAUUUGCUGAAUUUAUUCUUGCUUUUCUUAUCACCCAAGUUUGAUCCCAGCCUGGAGCAAGCCAUGCGAGAUGAAGAGACAGAAGAAGGAGUUUUGCCUACGACGAAUGAUGAUGAAUUCCGUCCGUUUAUUCGUCGAUUACCAGAAUUUAAAUUUUGGUAUUCUAGUACUCGUGCUACCGUUAUGGCUUUAACAGCUAGUAUGUUGCGAGUCUUUGACAUUCCUGUGUUCUGGCCUGUUCUUGUCGUGUACUUUUUUGUCUUGUCAUUCUUUUGCUUCCGCAGACAACUCCAGCACAUGUUAAAAUACCGCUAUGUGCCCUUCGAUAUUGGUAAGAGACGCUUUGGUUCCCGUUAG